AUGGUAUUUCUUGCACGUUCUUUCCGUCUGCAAUGCAUCGAUGUCAUCAUUCAAUUACAAGAGUCACGCGACGCUGACAAUGCUGGCAGCCCGGUUCAUAAUCUGCAGACUGUCCCGUGUCACACAGCGGGGGUGUGUGACGAUUCGGACAUGGAUGACGAACAAGAUUUAUUGGAAAAUUUCUGCCCUCACAUUGAUAAGGUUUUUUUGUCUGCUCCAUGUGCUAAUGGGAUUCAACAUGUUGGUCAAAGUUUUCAAGGUGGAGCAUCUGAAUUUCGAAAUGUUCUUCGCAAGUAUGCGGUUGAGUGUGGCUUUCGCUUCAAAUUUGUGAAGAACGAUUCUGUUCGAAUCACAGCUGUAUGUACGAUGAGAGAAUCGAGAGGAUGCAUGUGGUUGGUACAUGCACGUGUAUUGAAUGCCAAUGGAUUUUUCUACCUUCGUAAGUGGAACAGCGAGCACACUUGUGGUGUUGCUGUACGGACCCCCAAAAACCCUAGGGCUGGUUCCGAUCUGGUGUCCGAUGUUAUUUGUGAACGGGUACGUGAUAAACCACUCACAAGGCCUACUGAUGUUGUGUAUGACUUGAAAAAAGAUUACGGAUUGGAGGUUAGUUACCGAGUUGCAUGGUUAGGUGUAGAAAAAGCUCGUGGUGAAAUGUUCGGUGCACACUCCAUUUCAUUUGACCAACUACGAUGGUAUAGUAGCGUAGUAAUGGAAAAUAAUCCUGGGAGUUACAUCAACAUUGAAUAUGAUGAACAAAAUUACCGUUUUAUACGGUAUUUCAUAUCAUUCAAAGCAUGCAUCGACGGGUUCAACCAUUGCCGCCCAUUGCUUUUCUUGGAUGGGACUUUUCUAAAAGGAAAAUUCAAGGGGAACUUGCUAGCUGCAACUGCGAAGGAUGGCAACCAAGGUUUAUUCCCUGUGGCCAUUGCGAUUGUUGAUUCUGAAAACACCACAAAUUGGGCUUGGCUUUUGGGACACCUCGCAAACGUGCGUAACUUGCAAGACAAGUUACGUUAUGUGAAUAGUUCAUACCGGUCUGUGAUGUUGGCUAAAUUUCGUGCCUGUGCGUAUGCUCCGACUGUGGCUGCAUUCAACCAGAGUCUGGAAGAGUUCACAAACUGUGGACGUAAGGUUGUGCCUGCUUUCUUAAAAGAUUUACCCCCAUAUUACUGGGCGAAUGCUUACAUCCAAGGUUCACGGUACGAUGAGAUGAGUUCCAACGCCAUUGAAUCAUUUAACUCAUGGAUACGGGAAGCACGCCACCUACCAAUAACUCAAAUGAUUGAUAGUAUCCGGGGAAAAAUUAUUCGCCAGAUGGCAAAACGGAGACGUAAGGCAAAUGCGUGGGCAGGUGCUAUUUGUCCCAAAAUGGAAUCUCGGUUGGUCAAAGCAUACAACAAAGGUAGAUCGUGGCUCGUAAGCCAAUCAAACGAUGACGUGUACGCGGUUCACUCUUUUCCAUCCGUCAUGGUCGAUGUUGGCAAACGUACAUGUUCUUGUUUCAAGUGGCAAAUCAACGACUUUUCAUGUGCUCAUGCAAUCGUGGCAAUCCGAAACAGUGGUCUAGACCUGUACCAGUUAGUUAUUCCCUACUAUCAUGUGGCUGAGUACCAGAAUUCAUAUGCACAAAACAUAACCCUCAUUCCAACUGUAGAGAAACCACAAUUUGACUCAGCAGAUUUUGUGAUACAUCCCCCAGCUGUCAAACGCCCACCGGGAAGGCCCAAGAAGAAACGCAUGCUUUCCAAAGGGGAACAAGUCCAACAAAUUCGGUGUGGACGUUGUCAACGCAUGGGUAACCACAACAGGAAAACGUGCAAGGAACCAAUUUAG